ACUCCACACCGUAUUAGUAGGAAGCGAGUUACCAGCGAGGUCAAGAGGAUAUAAUCUUAGUAGCCGGAGAAGAGAUUCCGUAAAAUAUGCAAUAGCAGGCACUUUUUCCACUUCAGUGACUACAGAUUACUGCACGAAAAAGCAGCUUUUAUCGUCGUUGAGCAUUUUGUUCGACAAGGAAGAUGUCUCAAAAAGUUACUACUGAAGAAGAAAAUGGAACAGUCACUCGGAUUAUUCGCAUCGGAACAAGGAAAAGCCAGCUGGCUCGGAUUCAGACAGACAGCGUGGCCGAGAAACUGAGAGAGCUCUAUCCAGACCUGCAGCUAGAGAUAGUGGCCAUGUCGACAGUCGGAGACAAAAUCCUUGACACUGCCUUAUCAAAGAUUGGAGAGAAGAGUUUGUUCACCAAAGAGCUGGAGAAUGCCCUUGAGAGAAAUGAAGUGGACCUUGUUGUGCACUCUCUAAAAGACCUUCCUACCUCACUGCCUCCUGGUUUCACGAUCGGUGCUGUUCUCCAACGUGAAAAUCCUCAUGAUGCUGUAGUGCUUCAUCCAAAGAAUGCUGGACUUACUCUGGACACCCUGCCAGAAAAAAGUGUGAUUGGCACAAGCUCGCUCCGCCGGGCGGCACAGCUGAAAAAAAGGUUCCCACAGCUGGAAUUUGAAAACAUUAGAGGCAACCUGAAUACUCGUCUGAAGAAGCUGGAUGAUAAGGAUGACUACGCUGCCAUCAUUCUGGCUGCAGCCGGUCUCAAGCGUAUGGGCUGGGAGAGCCGUAUCAGUCAGGUUUUGGGUGCUGAAGACUGCAUGUAUGCUGUAGGUCAGGGUGCGUUGGCGGUGGAAGUGAGGGCAAAAGACAGAGACAUCCUCAAGAUGGUGUCCAUUCUCCACCACCCUGAAACUGUGCUGCGCUGCAUCUCUGAAAGGGCUUUCCUCAGGCAGCUGGAGGGAGGCUGCAGUGUACCUGUUGCUGUCUACACAGAAGUGAAGAACUCUGUGCUCUGUUUGACAGGUGCAGUUUACAGUCUGGAUGGUGCUGACUGUUUGAAGGACACCAUGCAAACCAGCAUCGAAUUAGAUAACAUGGUGCAUGAGAGCGCAGAAGAGCGCGCUCAUGUAGGAGUCACAGCCAACAGCAUAUCGCCGAUGGCUCUGGACGCCGCAGAGAAACUGGGUGUUGAUCUUGCCAACCUGCUGCUCAGUAAAGGAGCCAAGGACAUCCUCACCACAGCCAGACAGCUUAACGAUGUACGAUAACAGCGUCGUUCAGCCUCUAGCCAACUGAUCCACGCGAUACACUUAACACUGCCAACAUAAAAAAUGCACAUAUACGCGUAUUCGAAGUGAAGGUCACGGGCAUAAACAGUGCUACUUAGACAGAUGUAACAGUGUGAUUUUAUACCUCUGUUGUCAUCACAACACAUUUUUUCCAGCACUGAAGAUUGAUUCUAUUUAUUUUCAGUGCUUUCACAGUACAAGAACAAACCGUGUACAUGCUGAUUUCUUGAUUAACAUGUCAAGUAACUUUAACUCAGGUGCCCUUGCGGGAAAACAAAACAAAACUUCUUUGGCUAGUUAAGGCUCCCUAAACACCCUUUUUGUUUGAGUGUAGCUGGUUUUCAGUGGGUCUGAGUGCUCUAUAAUAAUAUUCUACACUGAAAUGAUGGAAUAUAUAUAUAUAUAUAUAUAUAUAAAAUUGAGUUUGUAGGUUAUACAUUUGUAUUAUUUAGUCUUGAAGCAUUUUGCAGUAUUGUUUAUUCUCUAAAAUUCUCUAAAAUUCAUUUACCUUAACUUGUACUUUCUAUCCUCAUCACAUGAUUACAUCAAUACUUUGUUCGAUUUUAUUAGAUUUUAGCACACUUGGGUCAUUAAGUAUUCACUACUGCCCCUUAAGAGCCCUGGCACACGUCAGAGGUGCCCAGAUUUUCAGUGGCCAUCACUAAGAAUGUGAACCUGCUUACCAGCCAAGACCUUUUGGUAUUCAAAGUUUUCUUUUUUAAUUUUUGCACCAUUGCUUUAACAGCAAUUGUUAUUGCGGUUGCACAUACCUUUUAUAAAUAACGCUAUGGAUAUGUAUGUUUAAAAAUGUAGAUAAUGAGGAUCAAAAUUGCUGCCAAAUAGAUGAAGUUUGUUCAUCUAUUUUUAUGGAUGUCACAAAUGAUUGGGCCUGUUUGGGGUUAUUGUAGUAAUAAUCAUAAUCAAGCUCAUAAUAUUGAUCCACCAGCUGCUAAGACCAAACUGAUAGGUUUGCCUUUCCAAAGCAGGAAGUUGUUUUCUAGCUGAAUUUCCAGAUCACUACAUUAAUCAGUACAUAUGAGAUUUUCAUGCAUAUUCUUUGUUGUGUUAAUUUCUUAAAAGCAAGCAUUAGUAAUGAUA